AUGGCCAAGUCACACCUGCUGCCCUGGCUACUCCUGCUGCCCACACUUUGUGGCCCAGGCACUGCAGCUGUCUGGACCACAUCAUCCCUGGCCUGUGCCCAAGGCCCCAAAUUCUGGUGCCAAAGCCUGGAGCAAGCAUUGCAAUGUAGAGCCCUGGGGCACUGCCUGCAGGAAGUCUGGGGACACGCAGGAGCCAAUGACCUGUGCCAAGAGUGUGAGGACAUCAUCCACAUCCUCACCAAUAUGACCAAGGAGGCCAUUUUCCAGGACAAAAUGCGGAAUUUCUUGCAGCAGCAGUGCAAUGCCCUCCCCUUGAAGCUGCUCGUGCCCCAGUGCCGCCACGUGCUCGACAUUUACCUCCCCCUGGUCAUCGACUAUUUCCAGAGCCAGAUCAACCCAAAGGCCAUCUGUGAGCACCCGGGUCUGUGCAAACCCAGGCAGCCAGAGCCAGAGCAGGAGCUGGGGAUGCUGGACCUGCUGCCAGACAAGCUGAUCCUCCCCAUGCUGCCUGGGGCUCUCCAGGCAAAGCCUGGGCCUCAUACACAGGAUCUCUCCGAGCAGCUGUUCCCCAUCCCCCUGCCCUUCUGCUGGCUCUGUAGGACCCUGAUCCAGCGCAUCCAAAUCAUGAUUCCCAAGGGUGUGCUGGCCGUGGCUGUGGCCCAGGUGUGCCACGUGGUACCCCUGGUGGUGGGUGGCAUCUGCCAGUGCCUGGCCGAGCGCUACACCGUCAUCCUGCUAGACGCGCUGCUGGGCCGCGUUGUGCCCCAGCUGGUGUGCGGCCUCAUCCUGCGCUGCUCCAGCCAGGACGGUGCCGUCCCAGCACUCACUGCCCUGCAGUCGCUGCCAGGAGAUUGGCUGUCACAAGACAAGGAGUGUCGCCUCUGCAUGUCUAUGGCCACGCAGGCCGGGAAUAGCAGCGAAAAGGCUACGCCACAGGCCAUGCGCCAGGCCUGCCUCGGCUCCUCGCUGGACAAGCAGAAGUGUGAGCAAUUUGUGGCGCAGCACAUGCCCCAGCUACUGACCCUGGUGUCCAGGGGCUGGGAUGCCCCUACCACCUGCCAGGCCCUAGGGGCAUGUGCAACCACCGUCAGCCCUCUCCAGUGUAUCCCCCACUUCUGA